AUGCGACCUCUACCCGGCAACAGUGCGUUUCCGGGGAACGCUUCCUCGAGUGACGGAACCACCGAUUGCUUCACAUCACCAACUACGACCCCCCAGAUGUCAUACAUCCUCGCGGAUGAAGCUGCUGUAGACAGCUCUAUGCCAUCAAACUGUCAUCCUUCUAUGCGCACCCGGGAUCCGAGAAAGCAUCCUAUUUAUGCCCUUCUCGGCGACGGCCCCGCCCCGAGUCGCGAGUCCACUGCAGCUCUAUCUCCGCCUCCGUCUGCUCCACGUUGCGCUCCCACUUUGCAAUUACGUGAAGCAGUACCUCAACGACCGGUCUCUGCAAGCAAUAGGUACCCAGUAAGAUUACAAACUCCUCCGCCGACGACAACAACAACGACAGCAGUGUCUCGACCUAUGACGCCUGUAUUAGGCGAAGUAUCAGGCCCUUGUUCAGCCAUCAGUAGUUCUUCAUCGCGACGAAAUUCUUUGGCAGGAUCACUCUCUGAGUAUCAGGAAAGCUUCGUCAUGAGCGCUUUCUGUGCCUCUGAAGCGAGUCGUCCCUUGAGCAAUUACGGCAGUGAAGGUGUGCAGCAAUUUAUCAUGCCCACCAUUAGCGUUCCCAGUCGACGUCCAUUCACGGAAGUUGGAAAGUCACUCGGAAGACUGAAGAUUCUUGUGGCGGGCAAAUCAGGCUUGGGCAAGACAUCUUUAAUUAAAGCAAUAACACAAUCUUGCCAACACAUCGUACAUGUCGAUCCAACAUUGCCCGUUGUUCCGGCAUCCGCCGGGCUCCUACCCUUAGACGCACAUCCCAAUGAUCCUCCGAUAUGCCAAGGCACUUUUCAGAUCACUGAGACUUUCGCCAGUACCAAGCCAUAUCCGCCAUGGUGGAAAGAGCCGGCUCAAUCAAGUCCCAUACCCAACACCGGGAGUUCUGUGGACAUGAUCCUGGACAGGAACAUUUGUUUAAUCGAUACCCCUGGGUAUCAAGAAACAUGUCGAGUAUGCUAUGAACUAGCUCGCCUUGCAUGCGGUUAG